AUGGCAAAAAGGAGGACGAUGACCCUGAAGUUGGAUACUUUGGGGGACGAUAAUGAAGACUGCUUCUUCGAUUCCUCCGGAUUGCCCAACUUCUCUUCAGGAUCGGAUGACGACGAUGAAUACCAGGAGGUAAGCUGCAUCUCUUUUGCCUCCACCAGUUCGACUCCGCCGGAGGAGCUCUUUUGCUUCUCUAAUGAAGGUCCAGUGGUGGCUUCUCACUCCAUGUCCGACGAAUACAGUGUAUGGAUGGCAGAGCCCAUUUCCAUUAAGGAUAGACGCAGGCGCCUUCUUGAAGGCAUGGGCUUGACGUCCAACAGGGAGCUCCUCAGCCUCACCACCUCUGAACUUACGCAUACUGCUUCGACAAAAGGUGGAGGACUCGUCAAAUCGCCAUCUUUGGUGGUGCCUACCUCAGCUCCCCCAGGGAGAGACGAACAGAACCAAGAGCCUUCAUCUUCACCGCCGUUGCCUCCAGCCAUGAUUGUUCGAUCUAGAUCAGAGGGAAGCAUAAUAUCAGCUUAUGGAAUUGCCAAAAGAAGAAUGGAAGAUUUUCACUCUGUUGCAUUGACGAAGCAACUGCUUCGACACUCUUCGGAAUCAUCCUUGUUAUGCAACCACAGUUCACGGUUACGUUCUGCUUCCAUCGAGCUGUCUAUAAAGAAAUCUGGGAUUAAAUCCUCAGACCUCCCCAAUGAUCGACUAACAUCGUUUUUGCUAAGAAACAAAAAUGAUUCUUUCUUUGUGAUAAAGAACCUAGACACAGGUAAGGAUUUCCUUGUCAACGAGUUCGAUGACAAUGGUAUGUGGAACAGGUUGUGUGAUCUUCAGACUGGAAAGCAGCUAACCAGGGAUGAGUUUGAGAAGUUUUGCGUUGGUUAUUCCCCAAUUGUUAGAGAGCUGAUGCGUCGAGAAAACGUGUCUAGACUUGAUGACAGUGGAAGAAUCAGUGUAAGUGAAAGAAAAAUCGGCUCCAAUACUAUUUUGAGUAAGAGUUUCAAAUCAAGCAAGAAAAAGGGUGCUUCUUUGUUGAAGAACAUAAAGGGUGUUGCGAAUUCAGUUACUGGGUUCAAGGGUGAAAAAGAGAAGUGUCCAUUAAUGGAACAGCAAUCUCCAGAGAUUCGCACCUCCGCAUGGACAAAAGCUCGCCAGAAUGGAAAAUCUUUCAAAGAGCUAACCGCUCUAUAUAUGUGCCAAGAGAUUAAGGCUCAUGAGGGUUCUAUUUGGACUAUUAGAUUUAGCUUUGAUGCACGUUACUUGGCAAGUGCAGGAGAAGAUUGUAUAAUUCAUGUCUGGGAAGUGUUGGAAUGUGAUGUGGAAUCAACCCUAGAUGAUCAAAAUUUCAAUGCUCCACGUCCAUCCAAUGCAAGCAUUUCCUCUGAUCGAUCUCUUGCAGAGAGUCAUUCAUCUUCAUGGGAGAGGAAGAAAAAGGGAAAGGCUUCAUCUACCUGCAAAAAGGGAUCGUUCCCUAAUCAUGUGCUCGUACCAGAAACCAGUUUCUUACUCUCAGAUAAACCAGUUUGCUCUUUCGAAGGUCACCUGGCUGAUGUUUUGGAUCUCUCCUGGUCCAAAUCACAGCAAUUACUACUUUCCUCUUCAAUGGACAAAACUGUUAGGUUGUGGGACAUAGAAAGCAAGACAUGUUUGAAGUUGUUUGCACAUAAUGAUUAUGUAACUUGCGUACAGUUCAAUCCAAUAGAUGAUAGAUAUUUCAUCAGUGGUUCUCUUGAUGCCAAAGUCCGAAUAUGGAACAUACCAAAACGGAAAGUUGUUGAUUGGACUGAUCUUCAUGAAAUGGUUACUGCUGCUUGCUACACUCCUGAUGGAAAGGGUGCAUUAGUUGGCUCACAAAACGGAAGCUGCUGUUCUUAUAACAUUUCUAGCGGUCGGGUAAACAUCCAAAAGAAAAAGAAGAUAGAUAUCCAGAACAAGAACAAAAAGAAGACUCAUGCAAAAAAGAUCACUGGUUUUCAGUUUCGCCCAGGGAAUCCAUCCGAGGUGUUAAUUACCUCUGCUGAUUCACGGAUCCGAAUCUUUCAUGGUUCUGAUCUCACUCAUAAAUUCAGAGGAUUUCGGAAUACGAGUAGCCAAAUAUCGGCAUCAUUCACUGCAGAUGGGAAAUACGUUGUCUGUGCAAGUGAAGAUUCUACUGUCUGUGUAUGGAAGCACGACGAAAUCCGUAAUCUGGGUAGUGGAAAGAUCAAAGGUCAUGUCACCAAUCGAGCCCAUGAGCGAUUCCAAUGCAACGAUGUAUCAGUUGCAAUCCCAUGGCCUGUUGGUACCAAGCAUGAGCCACCAAUGCCGACAGUCCACUCGAAAAAACACUCAAAACGCAUCAGUGUGCUGCCACCUUCUUCCUUCUUGAGCCCUUUAUUUCCUGAAGACUCCUCCGUGCACUGCAGCGGGAGGAGAAGUAGUUUCUCACCUUUCAAAAAGAAGAACAGCUUCUCGGAUAGGGCAAUUUUCCCAGAAGAGGAGUUGGACAAAGCAGCAACUCGUACAGACUCAGGGCUCUGUCGCAACGCCUCGGCUUCUUCAGGUGUUGCUUCGCCUGGGCAUCUCGAGUCACCAUCUACGCAUACUCCACGCCAUUCUCCAUCUUCGUCUUGGUCGUUGCAGGAAGGGAGUAAUAACAGCGGGGCUACUGCCGUCCAGGCAACAGCUUGGGGUCUGGCGCUGGUGACAGCGGGGUUAGGAGGUGAGCUUAGAAUAUAUCGAAAUUUUGGGCUGCCAAUUCGGGUUGGUCGCCAAAACAAUCUCUUCAAAGAAACAUAA